AUGACGAAUUUUAAUUCAUUUGAGGAGUUUGCGAAGGCGGCCGAGGUCUUGUAUUUAGUCGAUCCCAUGAAGUGUCGAGUAUGUACAAAAUAUAGACAUCUUGACAAAAAACUGAGCAUCAAAGUGACAGACAAUCAAAUUGUUCUAAAAUACGUCACGGAUAUGGCACAGGAUGUGAAAAAGAUUGAGAAGUUCACCACUCUUAUUAUGCGGCACAUGGCAUCAAAAGAAAAAUGA